GGCGGCGGCGGCAGCUGCAAGUUGGGCUGCAGGGGCAGCGCAUACACUACAAUGGCUGCUGGAAAGAGGCGUAAGGAAACAAUUUCCAGGCCCGCCGCGUCCAGCCCGAAAUAUGAGAAAAAAAUUAUUAGAAAUUCCGCGGGCGGUGUAAAGGCGGCGGACGGGCCGGAGGGAGGAUGUUAGAGCCCCGCGGUUGCGCCUUGGUGCUGCAUUGGCCGUAUUUUGGCACGCAGAAUGCUUCAUUCUAUGAUGGUCUUUUGAUAAGGUUACCUUGCUAGAGUUUGGAGCAGGGCCUCAGAUUGGCCAAAAUGGGAAGGACUGGAUUCCGCUCUCUUCCACGAAGAGUGAAUGGAACUGGCUAAGAUCAAGGUCUGAGGCUUUUUCCAUCUGUCAUCAGUCCCUUUUUGCUUUCUUUUACGACCACAUGAAACUUGAGAAGCCACCUAAAGCUAAAUCAUUUAGUGGAGUUGGGCAGUUCCCAAGUGUCCAACAAGAAGGCCUGGUUUAGGCUGCGAUGGCCACUGUCAUUCCUGGUGAUUUGUCAGAAGUAAGAGAUACCCAGAAAGUCCCUUCAGGGAAACGUAAGCGUGGUGAAACCAAACCAAGAAAAAACUUUCCUUGCCAACUGUGUGACAAGGCCUUUAACAGUGUUGAGAAAUUAAAGGUUCACUCCUACUCUCACACAGGAGAGAGGCCCUACAAGUGCAUACAACAAGACUGCACCAAGGCCUUUGUUUCUAAGUACAAAUUACAAAGGCACAUGGCUACUCACUCUCCUGAGAAAACCCACAAGUGUAAUUAUUGUGAGAAAAUGUUUCACCGAAAAGAUCAUCUGAAAAAUCACCUACAUACACAUGACCCUAACAAAGAGACGUUCAAGUGUGAAGAGUGUGGCAAGAACUACAACACGAAGCUUGGAUUCAAGCGUCACCUGGCCUUGCAUGCUGCAACAAGUGGUGACCUCACCUGCAAGGUCUGUUUGCAGACUUUCGAAAGCACAGGUGUGCUUCUGGAGCACCUUAAAUCUCAUGCAGGCAAGUCAUCAGGUGGGGUGAAAGAGAAAAAGCACCAGUGCGAGCACUGUGAUCGCCGGUUCUACACCCGGAAGGACGUCCGGAGACACAUGGUGGUGCACACUGGAAGAAAGGACUUCCUCUGUCAGUAUUGUGCACAGAGAUUUGGGCGGAAGGAUCACCUGACUCGACACAUGAAGAAGAGUCACAAUCAGGAACUUCUGAAGGUCAAAACAGAACCAGUGGAUUUUCUGGACCCAUUUACCUGCAAUGUUUCUGUGCCUAUAAAAGAUGAGCUCCUUCCGGUGAUGUCCUUACCUUCCAGUGAACUGUUAUCAAAGCCAUUCACAAACACUUUGCAGUUAAACCUCUAUAACACUCCAUUUCAGUCCAUGCAGAGCUCGGGAUCUGCCCACCAAAUGAUCACAACUUUACCUUUGGGAAUGACGUGCCCAAUAGAUAUGGAUGCCGUCCAUCCUUCUCACCACCUUGCUUUCAAAUACCCAUUCAGUUCUACCUCAUAUGCAAUCUCUAUUCCUGAAAAAGAACAGCCAUUAAAGGGGGAAAUUGAGAGUUAUCUGAUGGAGCUUCAAGGUGGUGUGCCCUCUUCUUCCCAAGAUUCUCAAGCAUCAUCAUCAUCUAAACUAGGGUUAGACCCACAGAUUGGGUCCCUAGAUGAUGGCGCGGGGGACCUCUCCCUGUCAAAAAGCUCCAUUUCUAUCAGUGACCCCCUAAACACACCAGCUUUGGAUUUUUCUCAGUUGUUUAAUUUCAUACCCUUAAAUGGUCCUCCCUAUAAUCCCAUAUCAGUGGGGAGCCUGGGAAUGAGCUAUUCCCAAGAAGAAGCACAUUCUUCUGUGUCUCAGCUUCCCCAGCAAACACAGGAUCUUCAAGAUCCUGCCAACACUAUAGGUCUGGGUUCUCUGCACUCACUGUCAGCAGCUUUCACUAGUAGUCUAAGCACAAGCACCACCCUGCCACGUUUCCAUCAAGCUUUUCAGUAGGACCCCAAGACAUUGAUUUAUUGCAAAAAGUAUGUGUAGCCCUGCUUUAGAUCACCGAUUUUAUUUUAGUGCCUACCUUAAGACAGUAUAAAAAUUUCUGCUUUUGUAUAUUACCAAUUUUCAUUAAGCCAGUAUAAGAUAGAAACUAGCUUUUUAAAUGAGCUUUGGAACCAUUUGUGUUCAGUUAUGUUUACCUGGGUAUUUUGUCCUGAUUCACUGCCAAUUGUCAUAUUUUAAGAUCAUUUUUCAUCUAGAAAAGCCAUUAUCAUCAGUAAAGCCUUACAAAUCCCGUGUUCAUAUUACAUUUAGAUCUUAAAGUCUUCAAUUUUGGCCAGUAACAAUGGCUGCACCUUUUGACAUUUGGCUCACGUGAUAGAUUGUACAUUUUCUAAAAUGUGUAUGAAUAACUCAAGAGUUUUGAAAUUUUUACUAGCCUCUGAAUGGAUUCAUAAUCAAACAUUUCAAAUGAAUGAAGAAUCCACUUGGAGAGAGAUUAGAUGUUUCUUAGGUAUACCAUAAUUUCAGGUCAGUAUAUUUUGAAGGCUUGCUAUUGUCUGACUUAAAUGCUUGCUGUCUUUAUGAUGCGUAUGUCAGGAAAACAACCUGAACACAAAGCACCAGUAUUUAUAGCAAAAAGAGACUUUUAGCAAGGUGACACAGCAUUCCAUGUUACUUAAUAGCUGUCUUUAAAUUUGUACACAGAAUGUUUUGCCACGCUUCAAAUUUCUUUCGCUUACUCCCUUUCCAUUCAAUAAUACUAACAGUGGAUGGGAUUGGAGUGUUCAGAGUGAGCACAUAGUUCUCUUGUAGUGUUUUCCACCUUCCGUGACCAAAGGGUAGGUCAAGUACAGCCAGCAAUUUUAUUUUGACUAUCAGUCCAACCUUAGUCCAGAAUCUAGUGCCAGGGUGGAACACACGUGAGCUGUGUUGACCCCAGAGUGGACUGUCCUGGCUUAUAGGAUAUGAUAGACUCCUGAAUGGAGUGACAGACAUGAAGCACAAAGUUCAACUUGGAAUCUUGUCUAGAGAUCAUAUCCCCUGUUGCCAGGGUUGGAAACUGGACUCUUUAGGAGUUAAGUACAAACAUAUCCCUUAUAUCGCUUCUUGCUGAAUUUAAUAGGGUUUAUUUCCCUUAAGAGCCAAAAGCCGAAAACAAAAUAAUACUCAUACCCCAAAGGUGUCUUUCUCAUUCAGUGUUAAUUCAUCUUUCCUCGCUGUUUUCAGGUGGCUAAGUUAAAGUAAAUGUAUUAGGAAACUACUUGAGGACUGACCACAGAGUUUUAAGCAAGUUAAAAUAUAUACAGUAAAACCCCACUUUUACACGUCUCUGGGAGAGGGGAGUGAAUGUUGCAAAUAACUUGGAUUUGUAGAGGGGGGGGAAAAGUAAAACAAGCACUAUCUAGUUAACAUGACAAUAACAAUAUUGUGUUCACUGAAUACAAUAGUUACUACAGGCUUUCCUCAUGUUAGACAACCACCAUAAUCUUCUCAAAGGUCAAAUUAUUAUAUAUAUUUUUAAUAUCAGAUGGCACAUCAACCUAAGAAACAUUAUAUGUUAAGCACUUGUUAACACCUUAUUUAGGGACCCUGUCCUUUGGGGUGGGUAUGAGGGUGGAAGGUUUAUAGAAAAGUAUAUGUCUCUUAAAAAAGAAAAAAAGAUUUCUGAGCACUCAUCAGCCCUAGAUGGAGGCUUUUGCUUUCCUAGGGCCAAUUAUCACUGCAGAUUGUGUUUACCAAGAAUUACUAAAAAUGAGUGCAGGUUACUGAAUAUAAUACAUUAUUUAAGAUAUUUGGGAAUAGUAUAACUUGUGGAAAGAUGUAAAUUGUAAUAAUGUAAAUGGGGGUUUCACUAUAUAUAUUAUAAAAAUAUAUAUAUACACACACACAUAUAUCACACUUCAUAGAAUCAGAGUUGCUCUCUUAGGGAGCUUUGGCUCCUGAUAUUUUAUCAUGCUCCUAUUUUUUUUAAUCCUAGGAGCAGUAGUUUUUAUACUUAUGUAUUUAAAUUUUAUUAUUAAAAUUACAUUUUAUUAAAAAAGUGUGUUCCAAAGGCAUUAAAAUUAUAUAUGUUAAUAAGGAAAUACAUUUAAAAAUUUUCAAACUGCUCCUAAACUUUUGAUUAGGAGAAUAUUUGCUCUGAAAGUAGGCUUUUAGCUCUGCUUUAUUACUGCUUCCUUUAGUUUCUAUGAAACAGAUUGCUUACCUAAAUCAUUAAUUGAAUGAUUAGUGUUCAAUAUUGCUUUAAUCACCAUUUUUUAAAAAAAAAGAAAGAAAUUUGGUGACAGAGCACAAAUAGAAAACCUAUUUUUAAGUAGAAAUCACAAAUAGGAAGUGUGGAAGCACUAUUUUAUCAAAAAAUUGCUGAAGGAGAAGUCAAGUUAAUGAGCUGAGACAUUGGCCUUAGUAGGCUGUAUUUCAUUUGCUAAUAAAAAAAAAAAAAUACAAGGGAGUACUAGGAUUUACUAAAUAGGCAUUUUGGUAAUGGGGAGUGGCACCAUAUAGAUAAAUAUAUUUUUAGCCUAAUUCUCGCCCUGCAUAGAACUCAAAUAGAUGGAGGCACAUCUUUCAGGGCACCAGUGUUAAAAUUGUAGUGUCUUAAUAUUCAUAUAUACACCUCUUUGCCUGUUGCUGCCCCACAGACUUGAAAUAACACUUCCAAAUAAGAGGGAAUUCAGCUAAUUUGUUUUUAAAUUGACUAUAGUGGUCACUAAACCCUUAUUGAGAGAAUUUUUAUUAAAGAAAGGCAGACUAAUUUAUUUCAAUUGCACAAUGGUCUAACAAGAUGCAACACAGAAUUGGCUCUUUUUUUUUUCCCUAGAUAAAGUAUGACAUUAGUUUUAUGUCAACUGGAUGUGAUAAAAAAAAAUUAUUGCCAAUGCUGUUUUCAUUCUCUGCUGACCAGAAUCAUUAUCCUUGAAGUUUCUGGUAGUGCCUUUGCUUGAUUUAACAAAAAAAAAAAAAAAAGACAGAAGAUCGUCAUUAAGUAAAAAUAUUUCAGUUUAGAAUUUGGACCUCAGACAAGAUAUUGAACGUCAUUCAGUUUGAAGUUCCACAUGUAUGUACAAAUUAGGUCACCAGACACAGAAGCAUGAGUGUGGAAGGAUCUCGGCACUGUAAGCAAUAUUAGCCAUUCAUGCAUGCAAAUAUCUUUGUAGUUAUCGGUCACUGUUAAAAUUUGCAUUUAAAAAUCCUAUUACCAAGUUCAGUUUUUCAAAAUUUCUAUUGUCCUGGCUGAUCAUGCACCACUCUUAGUGCAACUUUUUAAUUUCAUUUAGUGUUUUAAGCUAUGUAUUUUUGCCUAUUUGUUGCUUAUGCUUUAUUAUUUUUAGUCAUUUUUGGAAUAUGGUGAUAUAUUGUGUUAAUUUGGACAGUGGCGGUUUUUAAAAACCAUAUACUGAAUGAAACAUGAGCCAGAGCUGAUUGCUUUAUUAAGCUAAUAAUGAAUGUUAAAGAGUACAUAUUUUCAGGAUUAUUCAUCUAGUAAGCAAUACACCUAUAUAGGUCAAUAUUUUUUUAAAAAAUAGAGCUUGGUCAACCUCUAUUCUACACAUAUUACAAGAUAUAGCACUUUCAAAACGAAUCUAAACUUUUACAGAACUUCUUAUAGGUUAUGCCUUUUAUUUUAAGACUUAUUAUAAUUUGUUUCAAGUGCCAUUAGAUGAUAUAUAUGUAGGCCUUUGAUAUAUAAUGCUUUGUGUUCAAAGUGGUAGAUGGUAUUUUAAACAGGUACAUUUUUACAGUGUUUUCUUAUCAAUUUGCUAUAUUGCACAGAAUCAGUGUGUCUUUUCAUACAGUUUUACAAUGGUUUAUUUUUUUACAAGGUUUACGUGUCUCAAAACACACUGUCUUCCCAGUAUGUAAGUUAAAAUAUACCAGUUCACCCAAGUUGCUUCUAGCCUACUGAGAUCCAUAUGACGCUGGAGGAGAUCUUUUUAAUGUUGAGUAUUCUUCAUUAGCAACAGCAGACUGUUAACCUCUGACAAACGAGUGCCUACGUUGACUUUGUCUUAUUUUUUCUAACACUGUGUCAGUAGCCAUGUCUACAACACAGAUAGUGUGUUGUGAUUUCAUAGCUUUAUAGAAGUUGUGUUACGUAGUUUUGUGCUAAUCUAUACAGAACUCCUUUGUCAUUAUAUAAACAAGGUGAUGCCACCAACAUUGGUAAAGACACACUUAGAUCACCCUGAAGCCCUUCUGCAAUAUUAUCACCCCUCUGCGGAUGGAAGGUAGUGUCUUUUGAUAAGUUAUCUAGCUCUAGAAAUGACAGGACUGUUGCUAAUAUAUAAAACACUUCAUUGUAUAAGCUUCAGUGGUACAGAUGAACCAUAAUGAAUGUUUAUCUUCUCAGAAACACUCCUUCACUAUCAUGUUGGAUCAUGCUGCUAAUGUAACUUGGGAUACAACUCUUCAUGGUGCUACAAACUUCUCUAUCUCGUUCAGUUGUAUUUUUUUAUCCAUAGAAAAAAGGACUACAGUAGGUGUACAAUAUAUUUUUAUACUGUGACUUAAUUUGUCAUUAACAGACUUUUACACCACCCACCACAAUGUAUUCAUGUGCACUUGCAAAAGGAAAUCUUGGAUGUGCAAAUGUUACCAGAACAAACCCAGCUUUUGUCCACAAUGUGACUGUAGCUCAAAAUGAAAACGGGCUUUAUGAUAUAGUGUGGAGUGAAGAACAUGCUGUACAUUACUAACAGCCCUUUGAAUAUAACAAAAACUGGGAAUCCAUUAGGAAAUGGAUUGCAUCCUGCCUGAGCAUAAGCUGGACUGCUGAAAUUGUAUUUUUAGCUGAUGAAAAGUAUUUGGACUAGUACUCUAAAAAUGUUCUAAUGGUAAAGUUUGGAGUCAAAAUAGAAAAGAAAAAAUCUGCAUUCCAGGCUGAAUUUUUGUAUAUUUUUAUUGCCUUUAAAAUCGCUCUUCUGUGAUACCGGGAAAUCAAGUGGCUUAUCAUGUAUAUCAUGUACUUAAAAUGUAUUCACAAACUACUGUUGUAUUUGUAUAAAAUAUAGACAAAGAUCGUAUUUUUUGUGUGUGUAUAAGCUCUGUAAAGUAGCAAUCACAUUAUGAAGCUGCAGCGAUACUACAUUUUAAACAUCCACAUCCAAAGAAGCAGGCUAUUUAUUGUCCAGUUACCCAGAUAUAAAAUAUUCAUUUGCUGCUAAUUAAACAAUAGUACUGCAGCUUCUUGUGGCCUACAGUGUUAAUGUUUGCUGUAAGAAAAAAAUAUGUGAACUCCACAAAAUAUAUGAAUAAAAUUAUAGAGUGGCUUUAGAUAAUGCAGAUCUUUCUGAAAUUUUAACAGAUAAAUUUCUAUUUGGUAAAACAUUUUUUCUUCACUUUGGAUUAGAAAUACUGAUAAAUUUGAUAUAUUUGCUAAAUAUAAGAUUCUAGAAGCUGGCUCUAGGACAUAUUUUGUUAUUGAAAUGUACAGUUCUAGAGUUUCUUUGUUUUGUUUUAAAACUUUUGUACCUUUUAAGGAAGGAUAGAAAUUGUCAAUAAAAAAGUCAAAACAUGAUGCAUCAAAACUUUAAUCCAGGUGAGAAU